AUGCCGCAAAGUCCCUUGAUUUACACCUGCAUAGGUGGGGAUAGUGGCUCCUUUUGUUUCGGGCUUAAGCCAUCAGAAGAUUGGGACCACGAGACCUCCGCCCCAUUUCACGCUCCUCCGGGCACCCAGAUAACACCAGAUAUCGAUCUGGGCCUUUUUUAUCUUUAUCCUUUUUUUGAGAAUAAAGACCAGUUUCUUCAUGAUGAAGUUUCAUCUUCAGUGUCACAACUUGCAACAAAGGUCCAAGGUGCAAGUUUCCGGGGUUGGAAGGAAGUGACAUCUAUGUUCAAUAAAGACGAUGAACAGCAACUGCUAGCAGGAUGCAAGUCUCCAAAAUCCAAAGGCACAAACCUCAAGUUAAAGGAAGAGGUGAAGUCUGAAAAGAAGCCAGGUUUUUGGGACAGUUUGGUGAUAAAGCAGAAUGUCCCAUCUAGGAAGCCAGAUGAGAUUGAGGGAUGGGAACCACCGCAGAUCACUGCCGCUGACUCUGCCAGCGACGCAGCGACGACUUUAAGUGACUAUACAGCCUGGUCAGGCUGGGAAGACGAAACCAAAGGCUCCACAAAAUACACAAACCUGGCCAGCUCAGGAAACAGUUCCAGGUGGAGUAUCAAAUCAGCUGGGAAGCUGGUUAGUAUUAGACGUCAAAGCAAAGGUAACCUUACUGACAACUGGGAAGAACUAGAGUGAUGCUGGUCAUGUGAAAUACUCCAUAGGUAAGAAAAGAAAGGUUCCAUGAUUUAAGAAGAGAAAGGUUCCAUGAUUUACUCAUAUGUUUAAACCAAAAUCAAAUCUGCUCAAUAUUGCACCUUU